CGCCCUAGGAGCGCGGCGCCCCCUGCCGUCCGCCCGAGGAGCGCGCCGCUGGCUCGCGGGAAGCCGGGAACAUGGCGGGGCGGACUGUGGCGUCGGCCUCGCCGCCGACGGACCGGGACGGAGCAGCGCCCAACGUGGUGGCGCGGGUCUCGCAGUGGGCCGACGACCACCUGCGUCUCGUCCGGGUACCGGAAACCAGCCGGCCGGGCAGGCGAACAUCAGCACCGUAAUGGCCGUAGCUGGAACAGUGUUACUUCUAAGAAGUGUUCGGAUGACAUCAAAAUUUACAAGUUCUUCAGAUAUUCCAGUAGAAUUUAUACGAAAGAAUGUUAAACUACGUGGACGAUUACGCCGAAUAACUGAGAAUGGCUUAGAAAUUGAGCAUAUUCCUAUUACUUUACCUAUCAUAUCUUCAUGGAAAAAAGAGCCCUGUGGUGUUCUGUUGGUUAAACUGGCAGGAGUAGAACUCACUGAAACUGGGAAGGUGUGGUUACAAAAAGAGUUAAAACCUUCCCAAUUGCUAUGGUUUCAACUUCUUGGAAAGGAGAAUUCGGUGCUCUUUUGCUAUCUUCUAGUGAAUAAGGGUAGGUAUUUUAGUAUGAGUCUGAAUGAAGAAAUUUUGAGAAGAGGCCUUGGCAAAACUGUUCUUGUUAAAGGGCUAGACUAUGAUUCUAAAAUCUAUUGGACAAUUCACAGAAACUUACUUAAAGCUGAAUUAACAGCCUUAAAAAAAAGAGAAGGAAUAUGGAAGGAAGAAUCUGAAGAAAGUUAUUUGGAAAAAUUCAAAGGCUCCUGGAGAGAAAUAUGGAAAAAAGACAGUUAUUUUAAAAAAAUUGGAUCAGAUUUCAAUUUGAAAAAAGAAAGUUAUUAUGAGAAAUUUAGAAGGACUUAUGACACAUGGAAAGACAACAUAAAUAACUACUCCUUUAUAUUGAAGUUCAGAGAACUUAUGAAUCGCAUACACUUUCGUAGAAAAGGGUGAACUAUUCCAAGGGGUCUGGAGGUGACCCACUCAGAAAAGAGUAAAAUAUGUAAAUAUGUAGAUGUUUUCAUUGAGUUGAAAUGGAAAUUUCUCUGAAUGAUCUAAGUUGCACUCUGAUGGGAUUUAAAUAUUUAAGAGAUGAUUGUUUUAAAUGUAAUAGAACAAUUUAAGCAAGUUGUAAUUAAUGUAAUAUGCUUUUAGGAAAAAUGAAGUACUCUAUAAAGUCACCAGGAUAAAGGAUAUAUACCUGUAGUGCUAAUAUUUGAAAAGAGAGUUUAACUGUUGGACACUGUUAUUUUCGGCAUUCAUAUUUAAUUUUUGUUGAAAGAAUAUUUGUUGACUUUUCCAGUUUUAUCAAUUUUGAUUACUUGUAAUAAAUUAACUCUUUAUACAUCAUGCCUGAGGCUAAUUUUUUCCCCUGCUUUCUAACUACCUAUGAAUGUGGGGCAAAGCUACACGAGAAGGUCACCUAACCCAUUUUUAGUAAUAAGGAAUGGCUAAUUUCUACUUGUUGUUAGAUGAAGGGAAUAACCCUCCGGACAGAAUCGUGAGGAUAAUUAUAAGGACGAAAAGCAAUGUGCUGAGGAUGGCAGCCCCCAAGAUAGAAAGAAUAGGAAUGCUUAGGACAUUGUUGAGUCCCUAAAGUAGCCGAUCUUUGAAGUAUCUUGAAUCCCAGUUCCUCAUGUAACAUGGUAAAUUUC